AUGGAGGAGGUAUUUGGAAAAUCCCCCAUAGUUACCUCUGCAAAUGUCAUUUACUUAUCUACAAUUCUAGGUCACGAAAGCAACGGUCACAAAUGUGACUGGAAAUGCGAGAACGAAAACGUUUGCGGGAACAUGUACCGCUGCAAACUAACAGGACUCACUCACGUCUGUGACUACAACUGUAACCAACGUAUCCUCUACGAUAACCACACCUCUCUGUGCCGAGCCAGCGGCAAGGUUUUCCCUCUCUCGCAUGCCGAGGAGCAGGCGGUUAGGGGUGUGAGGAGGAAGCUUGACAGCAACGAGAGCAUUCCUUCUUCUGAGAGUUGUUCGUUUAAGCGUCGUAGGCGUGAUGCUCAGCUCCAUGGUUCUUCUCCUUUUGAGAGGUCUUUCACUGCUGUGAGUCCGAUUUGUAGCCCUGCUGGAGACGGCAUGGAGUUGAAUUAG